AUGAAGGACUUUAGUGCUGGUCUGAACGCAGACUACCAAAAGCCUUGUUUCGGUCGCAAACGCAAAGAUAAAACCGAGAUUGAAAAUAAGCCAUCUCGUUGGCUGCACGAUACCUUCUUUUCGUGUGUGAGCAAGUUCCUCACGCGUUCAGAGGAGCGUUUCUGCCGCGAAAGUCUUGGCGACGUCUUCGACCUAUCGGAGCUGAGGACAAAAACGCGGGCAGCUGUAAGUUUCUUUGUCGCGAAGUACCAUAAAGACCGUGCCGACGCCACUGUCUGUCCCGGAUUGUGA